CAUAAAUAUAAGGGAGGUUACACCUGCCCCUCGUUAUCCGUCGCUGCUCUCCCUGCCUGCGUGUGAGCUGCUGCAGCUGCACAGUGAGAGGUCUGACUGCAAGGAGGGAGCACCACCGUCCGGGCUGCCGCUGUCACAAUGUCGGCCACCUGUAAGCUCCUACUGGAGAACGCGGCGCAAAUGGUUCUUGUCUGCAGCAAGGAAGAGGAGUUCCUGCUGCAGGAGGGAAUGCGGCACUUGGCGGUACUGGAGAACGCCAGCCUGGUGGUCGGCAAUGAUGGCUAUAUAAAGGCUGUCGGACCCACGGAGGUCAUCCGUAGUGAAUUUUCUCACGUGUUAUUUGAGACUGUAAUUGACUGUUCUGGAAAGUGUGUUCUGCCAGGAUUUGUAGAUGCGCACACUCAUCCUGUCUGGGCUGGUGAUCGAGUGCAUGAAUUUGCUAUGAAGCUUGCAGGUGCCACGUACAUGGAUAUCCAUCAGGCUGGAGGUGGGAUCCAUUUCACAGUAGAGCACACAGAAGCGGCUUCUGAGGAAGAGCUAUUCUGCAGCUUUAGGCAGCGCCUGGACCGCAUGCUGAGAUGCGGAACCACUUUAGUUGAGUGCAAGAGUGGAUAUGGCUUGAAGCUGGAGACUGAACUGAAGAUGCUGAGAGUGAUUGAGCGAGCACAAAGAGAAAUGGAUAUUGGCAUCUCUCCUACAUACUGCGGGGCACAUUCUGUACCAAAGGGAAAGACAGUAGAAGAAGCCACCAAUGACAUCAUUGAACAUCAUCUCCCUGCUCUGAAGCGAAUGGCAGUGAAUGGUGAAAUUCAUGUAGAUAAUAUUGAUGUGUUCUGUGAAAAAGGAGUCUUUGACUUGGAGUCCACAAGAAGGAUUCUACAGGCUGGGCAAGCUAUAGGUUUACAUCUGAACUUUCAUGGCGAUGAACUGAACCCCAUGAAUUCUGCUGAGUUAGGUGCAGACUUAGGAGCUCAUGCCGUGAGUCACCUAGAGGAAAUAAGUGAUGAAGGCAUUGCUGCAUUAGCUGCUGCAAAGUGUUCUGCCAUUUUGUUGCCUACAACUGCGUACAUCCUAAGACUUAAACAACCCCGAGCUAGGGACAUGCUCAAUGCUGGUGUAAUAGUAUCUUUGGGCAGCGACUUCAAUCCAAAUGCUUACUGCUUUUCUAUGCCUAUGGUCAUGCACCUUGCCUGUGUUAACAUGAAGAUGUCUCUGAAAGAAGCGUUGGCUGCUUCAACAAUUAAUGCAGCAUACUCCCUGGGGAAAUCUCACACACAUGGUUCUCUGGAGGUUGGAAAACAAGGAGAUGUUGUGAUCAUUAAUGCCUCACGAUGGGAACAUGUGAUCUAUCAGUUUGGGGGUCAUCAGGAGCUCAUUGAGUAUGUUGCCAUAAAAGGCAAAAUUGUUUACCAGAAUGAAAGAGUUCUCAGUCUAUAACAACAGAACUCUGAAACAUUUCCAGGACUUGGACAAGUAAAGAGGACCUGUUUCUCUGGCCAUUAAUGGGCUUUCCCAGUUAUUCCACCACUCUUACCACAGUAUUAAAAAUGUGACUGCCCCAAAGAUGGCACGGUGCUUUUGCCAUGCCAUGAAGACAUAGCUGAGCAAAUACAUACAUCUGUCAGGACAUGAAGAUACUCAUUCAUUGGUCUGCUCAUCAGUAUUGUGUAAGCUAAAGGGCUAAUAAUUCUAUCUCCAACAGUAUUUUCUUGAAUGUAAACUGUAAUUACUUUAGGAGAGUACUGCAAUCCAAUAAUAAAAAAUAAUGACCAACUGUCACAAUAAGCCUUCCAAUUUGUGUAAUUAAGGUUUAAAAUAUUUAAUCUGUCUACAUCGUUUGUAUAAAUAUCAAUGAAUAUAUUUAGUAUUACAUCCAAUUUACUGACUUUCAAUAUAAACUUUACAUUAUUACUAAUCUCAUUUAUACAAGCAUAAUGUAUUUGUCAGUUCUUCCCAUAAUAAAUGGUAACACAGUGUGUGUGUUUUAUAUACA